AAAGCAGCGGACUUUCAGGUCUGGCAAUUCAGAAUAUUUUUAUAAGGACAAUAAAUCUUUCUAAUUACAAGACAAGGACAUUUAUUUUUAAUAUGGAGUUGUAAAGCAGUAUCAUGUUUCCAACAUAUUGUGAAGACCUAGGGAGAAUACCAUACGACAUGAAUUAGACACCCACAAAAAUCAAAUCUAUCCUCUUGAUAUGUAAAACUGUCAAAACUAUAAUGGGAUAUUAGAAACCUCUGGUCCUUAUUUCAGAUGAGAAAAGCUUAUAAGGUUCUAUGAUGAGAUGAGAUAGGAGAAAUUGAUAGGAACACUAGCACUCAAGUGUUUUGCAGUGUUCAUGAUUGAUCAGGUUGGAUUCUGUUCAGCUGUCAGGGGUGCUCUGAUUCUUAUUCCUCUUGCCUUAAUUAGAGUCCAUUGUGUGGAUUGCAAAGAGACCAGUCCUUCAUUAUUCUUUUCACUACUCUUUACAGAUUCUAGCAUCUGGCUGAUCACUACACAGCCAAAACUCCAAUCUAUUUAUAAGAACAGUCUAGAUUGCUCAAUUAUUUCAUCCUUUGAGCCUGAAUUGCAAGGCCUCAAGGCACACCAUUUUCUUUGCAUCCAGUCCCCCUAAAAGCAACAUCUGAUAUAAUAAUCCAGUUGAAUUGAUGCUUAGUUUGCCUUUAAGUUUAUUAUUUGUUAGGACAUUUGGGAAAAUUGGGUACUGUCUGUCAGUCCUCUUUUAAUAGCUUUGGAACUGAUUAUAUAUUUAUAUUUGAUUUCAUUUUUGGUCUAUUUUGUGGGAAAAAGAGUUAGUCAUUUAUUUCAUUUUGAGCCCUGAGACUACUCUUAGCUGCAGUUUCUUCUGAAUUUCAUUCACAUCAUUUACUUGGAUAUUAAAUUCAUCCUAUUUGAUUUUCAGUCCUCUGCUGUAUUUUCCACACUGGUUUGGGUUCCUAGCAUUUAGUUAAUGUAAAUUGAACUCCCAAUCUUGCAUUUGCUCCUGGAAUGUUACAAAUAAUUUGAUAUAUAUACUUUUUCUUGGAUUGAAUUGCAUAUCAGAGCACUUGGAGCAUUUGGAUGAACUGGGUAUUUGGACAACUUAUCCUAAAAUUGUAUUGAGUCUUAUCCUUCAAAGUAUAUGCAUUUACCUAGGAAUUAAUUGAGCGAUAUUAUAGCACUUGGAUAAGUUGGCUCUUUGGUCCAUCAAGAAUUUGUUUGCCCCAAGGCUUGAAUUAGUAGUAUGGCCAGUAAUCAAGUUUCUUCAUCUGGGAGAAAUGUUGCAUCUAACUGGACAACCACGCAAAAUAAAUUGUUUGAAAAGGCCAUAGCUGUUUAUGACAAAGAUACUCCUGACCGUUGGCAAAAUGUGGCUGCCAUGGUUGGUGGCAAAUCCCCAGAGGAAGUGAAAAGGCAUUAUGAGGUUCUAAUAGAGGAUAUAAAUCGCAUUGAGGCAGACAAAGUGCCUUUCCCUAAGUACAAAUCAUCAGCUUCUAACAAAGGGGAGGGCUCAGAAGGCAGUUGGGGAGAAAAGGAGAACAGGCAAUUAAUGCGCAUGAAGCUACAAUGAGGCUCCUGAAUUGAUGUUCAAAUAUCAUGACUCCUUUAUAUAUAUUUGAUUUCUGCAAGGCAGCAGCAGUAGUGAAGUUGCAGAAUGUUGAUAGUAGCAACUAUAUGCAUGGUAUAGAAAUAUCUAAUGAUACCUUGAGUAGAAGAUAGUGUUUGCAUGCCUUAUCUUCUCUUGAAAAGGGGUAGAGAGUUUUAAACAGCAGCAAUUUAGUGUAAACCUUGAACAAAUGGGGCAUAGCUCAUUUUUUGUAAUUAUUAUAUUUUAAGAAAUCUUCACAUAAAUUUAUCUCA